UAUGCAUAUUCUCUGAACGUUUUAACGCUUUAAUAUAUUUGAACUAAAUUUCGAACGAGCCUUUCUAAAUAAGGGCCUUUUGCGCAAGACCCGUCAAUCGCCAUGAGUAAAGUAACCCGCGAUUCGCUGUACGAGGCUGUCGACAAUGUCCUCAAGGGCAGCAAGGCCCAUAGGCGAGGCUUCUUGGAGACGGUUGAGCUCCAGAUCAACCUGAAGAACUACGAUCCGCAGAAGGACAAGCGAUUCUCUGGCACCGUCAAGUUGAGGACCAUUCCUCGUCCCAAGUACAAGGUAUGCGUCCUGGGCGACCAGCAGCACUGCGACGAAGCCAAGGCCAACAACCUUCCCUGCAUGGACGCAGAGGCCCUGAAGAAGCUCAACAAGAACAAGAAGCUGGUCAAAAAACUGGCCAAGAAGUAUGAUGCAUUCCUGGCCUCCGAGGCUCUCAUCAAGCAGAUCCCUCGUCUGCUCGGCCCCGGACUCAACAAGGCCGGCAAGUUCCCGACCCUGGUCACCCACUCGGACCAGCUGGUCACCAAGGUCGAGGAGGUGAAAGCUACCAUCAAGUUCCAGAUGAAGAAGGUCCUGUGUCUGGCCGUCGCCAUUGGCAAUGUCAACAUGAGUGAGGACGACUUGGUCGGCAACAUCGCAUUGGGCAUCAACUUCCUGGUCUCGUUGCUGAAGAAGAACUGGCAGAACGUCCGCUCCUUGUACAUCAAGAGCACCAUGGGCAAACCUCAGCAGAUCUUCUAAAUUCCCCCUCACCCAGACAAAACCGCCAUCAUAGAAAGGACUCUUCACGAUCAAGUCAAUGCCUUGGUGGAUUUGCUGGUGAAAUAUUGCUAAAACUCGGUCCACACAAAAGAGAAAACUCAAAUCACAUUGCUGUAUUUUUUAUAAAGCUCGUCUUAAAAUGUGCAUCAGAUCCUAAGAUUCUGAUCAUGGCUCAUCCAAAUUUGAAAUCCCGGAGGUUGUAUCGAUAAGACCAGUGCAUGACAUUGUCACAGUACGACAGGUUUUGACCGCUCUUAUUUCAGUAAAUUUUUUUGGUCAAAUAAAUUUGAAA